AUGCCCAAGGCCACCCCCGAGCCUCAACUGGCAGCCCUCGACCUCGCUCGCCGCGCCAACAUCGAGCCCCGAGCCGAUCCCACGGCCCCCUGGGUCACCGUCGGCGACGAGGGCAAGCCCGUCAAGACCAUCACGCCCUCCAUGACCACCAUCAGCGGCACGCCCACGCUGGUCAGCGUCGCGCCGCACGACAUCACCGCCUCGGUCUACACCUGGACCACCUGGGGCUCCAUCACCACCAGCACCGGCCGCCCGCCAAACCCCACGGCCACGUCCAAGGACGGCGAGGGCGUCUUCUCGCGCUGCUACAACAAGGAUGGCGACGACGCGCCGUUCUGCUCGCCCUACAAUGCCAGCACCCUGCUGACGGGCAACACCUACUACAUCACCUGGGACCCCGACUACUACAACAAGACGGGCGUCAAGACGUCCAACUCGACGUACGAAAUCACCGUCCGCCUCGACUUCCUCAACAAGACGAGCAACGAAUUCGUCAAGCUCAAGACGUUUGACCAGGACCGCGUGCCCACCUCCUGGGGCGUCUUCCCCCUCAAGGUCACGGGCGACAUGCUCAAGGGCCAAAAGACCAACAACGUCACCAUCACGCUGCAGGUCGCCCCGCGCGGCUCCAAGGACAGCAACAGCUCCAUCCCCCUGCACGUCGCCUUCCAGGACCCGGCCCUGCCCUCGAACCCCGAGCCCCAGGUGCCCAAGGGCCGCACCCUGUCCAUUGCCCUGCCCGUCGCCCUCGGCAGCGUGCUCUUCAUCGUCAUCGGCGUCUUCCUCUGGAACCGCAGCGCGCGCCGCAUCCACCUCGGCAGCAUCAUGGGCCGCUCGCGCCACGGCUACAGCGGCCGCAAGGCCCGCCGCAACUUGUUCCGCGGCCAAAAGGACGCCGCCAGCAUCCAGCUGCACAACGCAGACGACCACCUGUCCGACGGCGAGUAUCACGACGCGCCCAUCUCGGGCCGUCGGGACAGCGAGGCUCUGGGCAGCUUGGCGGGGACGCCCGUCCACGAGAACUUUGACGGCCAGGGCACCAGGGGAGGGGCUCGGAAUGCUUUCCGGGACGAGCUGGACCGACAGCACCAGGAGAGGCGCGGAUUCUAG